GCCCCAUACCUCAGUUUUCCCCAAGCAACGCGAGCAAGUAGACCUAGUGCAAACCUCACCAUAGCGUAGUUCUUUGUUAAUGCGCAACUUGUGUUAUUGCAACAUUUGAACAUUUUUAAAUUUAAACUUAGUGCAACUUUUCUCUUAUCACUCUCAGCCUCGAACUUAUCGAAAUAUGCCAAACGUGUUUGACGAAAAUUCAAACACUUGCUGCAGUGCGUUUAGUUUACAAACAUGAAUUAAAGCUCUACACCGCAAUGAAGUUUGAGAACUGUUUAUUCCCCCAUCUGUAAUUCAACCCCGCGUAUAGAAGUCAACAAGUCACAAGAUGCAUGGAGCGGCCGGGCUUCAUUCUGCGAUGGCCAUCAAGAGGCAGCGUCGCCUGCGCGCGCAACAGGCAAAGGAGCAGGCGGCGAAACGGCGCGGACUCGAACGCGACCGCCGGUUGUCUUCGUCGACUAACAGCGUGGACAGCUGCGAGCACCAUCCGGUUCAUCGAACCCAACAACCUCCGGACCACCGCCUGGCCACCUCCAUCGGCAUGCUGCACUUGGGGGUGUGCUUCCUUGUGCUGGGAGUGUUCUUGAUAGGAUCCGGACUGCUACCGGACGACGUGGUCACCUGGCGAAGUGGAGGAUGGUGGAACGAGUUACUCGCAACUGGGCUCUUCGUCGCCGCUCUUGGAGUGUUUCUAAUCUCGCUCAAUCGCGUCAUGAGCAAAAAAGAGGAGGACGAUCUAAACGAGUACGUCCAAAGACAACUGACCCGCUCACGCAGCGGGCAUCGCCUGGAACGGGAUGUCGAAACCGGCUGCUUGACCACAAAGCACCACCGCCGCUCCAUGGAGAAACGUCGCGAGGACAAAGAGCGCGGGUUGGCCGAUGACGAUCUCCCUAAGCUGCACUCACCAAGCGUCAAAAACACAGAGAGCCAGUUCAUUUACCAAAACGGGGACGCUCACCUGGAACGCAUCUUGGAAGAGGAAGGUCUCGACCGUUCCGACAUUGAAAGCAGACGCGCCGACGCAUUUAACCGCGAAACAAUCUCCAAUACCACAACUGCCAGUCUAAGUCCCGGCACUCCAUCGGAAACGCGGGAAUUGAUCUCAAAUGGCAAACACUUGUCGCAUUCCAACAUAUAGGUUUUAGUCUCUUUAUAAAUUUGUACAUUAUGUAAUAAGGGAACACUACUAUUUCGGACUCUCUAAUUCUGUGCACAUUGCAUGUACGUACAACGCUCCCUCAACAUGUACAUUUAGAGGAACAGAUCUCAUCCCAAAUCCAUAUCAUCAGAUUUGUACGUACAAUAUAUCUGCCUUAUACGCAUAGAGCAUCAAAAUUGACGUAGUCUUUCGCUUCAAAUAAAUUCAGAGUCAAUUUUAAGUGCUGUAUAUUCUUCUAAACUAUACUGGUAAGGGUAGUGUUCUUCAGGUGUACUCAUCUCAAAAUAUAUGUCGUUCGCAGGUUAUGGGCACCGGUACCGUUUAAGCUACGCACUGUGAUUGUUAAAAAAACCAUUUACUUAAGUUAGUGUAUUUAAAUUUAAGAUGUAGUCUCCAACGGCAUGGCAUUACUGCGGUUGUACAUACGGUUGUGGCAAACCUCUUCGCAAAAUUGUGGUGCCAAAGGUUACGCUUUAGAAUUAACGACGCACAGUUAAGAUGCUCACCGGUCUCUCUAAAUGCAUGCUUCAUAAUCAAAUUAUGGUAGAAAUUUUCAAAAUCUUUAGCGUGAUAAAUGCCAUUUUCGGGAGUGUGAUUCUUACUAAGGCUGAUUUUUGAUCUCAACUACUUCAAAAAACCAAUCAAUGUUGUAUCUACGUUUUUUUUUAAUUUACAUGUGCCCUUUUCAAUUAGAAUUAAGGACGAUAUUCGUUACAAUGUUUCCAAGCCUUACAAACCGCCCUGUAGCUAUAAUACAAUCUACUUUCCAUACUUUCGUUGUAUUCAAUUUUGAUGGUGCGAAUUUAAUUGUUCUGUAAGUGUCAUUAGCUUGGUGUCUAUGGGAAACUGAAGUAAACGGAUUAUACAGUCUCGCAUGUGAACAGUAGCUUGUUUAGCGUUUUGCAUGUUUUCUUACUUUUGUACAUACAUUGUACUGCUAUAUAAAAUCUUAUUAUAAUAAAUAUAUUCACGAUUUUUC